ACACAUGGAGAACUGACACGACAAUGGAGAAGGGAGCCGGAGGGAAGUGGGCCAGCGGCUCAUUUCAACGAAGUUUCCAUCAAACGCUCUGCAUCCAGUGCCUCCAAUAAGGCCCAGAAAGCAUGGAUCGAGAGGAUCUUUCAGAAGAGAGAAUGUAUUCACAUAUUCCCCAGCAAGGACCCUACAAGAUGUUCGUGUGGUCAGCUGAUAACUCAGCACGUGAUGAUCCCGCUGGGCGCUCUGACCAACAAGCUGUCGGAGGAGAACCAUCAGCUGGUCCAGAUCGACCCGCCCCAUCAGGAGAGGUGGUCCGUGGCCAAAAACACACAGACCUCCCCCACCGACGCCUUCGGGACCAUCGAGUUCCAGGGUGGAGGCCUCAUCAACAAGGCAAUGUAUAUCAGAGUGUCCCAUGACUCUAAGCCAGACAAUCUGCUCCAACUGAUGGUGAAAGACUGGCAGCUGGAACUCCCCAACCUGCUCAUCUCCAUCCAUGGAGGGCUGCAGAACUUUGACCUGCAGCCCAAACUCAAACAGGUGUUAGGGAAGGGACUCAUCAAGGCUGCAGUCACCACCGGAGCAUGGAUCUUCACUGGUGGAGUCAGCACUGGUGUGAUCCGUCACGUGGGGGAUGCACUGAAGGACCACUCCUCUAAGUCCAGAGGGAAGGUAUGUGCCAUUGGCAUCGCUCCCUGGGGCAUCAUAGAGAACAAGGAGGACCUCAUCGGUAGGGAUGUAACACGGCCGUACCAGACCAUGUCCAACCCGCUGUCCAAGCUGUCUGUCCUAAACAACAGCCACUCCCACUUCAUCCUGGCCGACAACGGCACCACAGGGAAGUACGGAGCGGAGGUGAAGCUACGCCGCCAGCUGGAAAAACACAUCUCACUGCAGAAGAUCAACACACGCCUGGGCCAGGGGGUCCCGUUGGUGUGUCUAAUCGUAGAGGGAGGUCCUAAUGUCAUCUCCAUCACCCUGGAGAGUCUGAAGGAGGAACCUCCCGUCCCCGUGGUGGUCUGUGAUGGCAGCGGGAGGGCGUCAGACAUCAUGUCCUUCGCUCACAAAUACUGCGAGGAGGGAGGUCUGAUAACUGACGACGUGAGGGACCAGCUGCUGGUGACCAUACAGAAGACCUUCAACUAUAGUAAGAGUCAAUCACAGCAGAUCCUGCUCAUGGUCAUGGAGUGCAUGAAGAAGAAGGAGCUGAUAACAGUGUUUCGAAUGGGUUCUGAAGGACAGCAAGAUAUUGAAAUGGCCAUUCUGACUGCUUUAUUAAAAGGAACCAACGCCUCUGCCCCGGACCAGCUGAGUCUAGCUCUAGCCUGGAACAGAGUGGACAUAGCACGCAACCAGAUCUUUGUCUACGGUCACCAUCUACCACCUGCCAGUGCUCUAGCUAACAGCAGUGGUACCGUAGCCACUACCACAGAGAGGCCGAAGAGUCCUGCCGCUGCCCCCAGGAACAAGGCCAAGGCCCGGGGGAAAAAGGGGAAGGGAGGGAAGGCCAAGCCUGAACCACCAGAGGAGACUGACCCUAGGAAGAUAGAACUAAUGCGAUGGGUGAACUCUCUGGAGCAGGCCAUGAUGGAUGCCUUGGUGCUGGAUAGGGUGGACUUUGUCAAGCUGCUGAUAGAGAACGGAGUCAACAUCCACCAUUUCCUCACCAUUCCUCGCCUGGAGGAGCUCUACAACACGAGACUGGGUCCUGCUAACACGUUGCAUGUUGUGGUGAGAGAUGUCAAGAAGGGCAACCUCCCACCAGACUACCAGAUCACUCUGAUUGACAUUGGUCUAGUGAUGGAGUACCUGAUGGGUGGGGCUUAUCGCUGUAACUACACCAGGAAGAACUUCAGGGCGCUUUACAACAACCUCUACGGGCUGAAGAGACCAAAAGCCUUGAAGAUGCUGGGGCUGGAGGACGACGAGCCGAGGGGAAAGAAGAAGAAAGGGAAGAAGAAGAAAGAGGAGGAGGUAGAGAUAGAUGUGGACGACCCUGAGGUCUGUCGCUUCACCUACCCCUUCCACGAGCUGAUGGUGUGGGCCGUUCUCAUGAAGCGCCAGAAGAUGGCACUGUUUCUGUGGCAACGUGGGGAGGAGGCCAUGGCCAAGGCUCUGGUGGCCUGUAAGCUAUACACAGCCAUGGCUAAAGAGUCAUCUGAACUGGUGGACGAUAUCGCCCAGGACCUGGACAACAACUCCAAGGAGUUUGGCCAGCUGGCCUACGAGCUCCUGGACCAGUCCUAUAAGCACGAUGAACAGGUGGCCAUGAAGCUGCUGACCUAUGAGCUGACCAACUGGAGCAACUCUACCUGUCUGAAGCUGGCCGUGGCCGCCAAGCACAGAGACUUCAUCGCCCACACCUGCAGUCAAAUGCUGCUGACCGACAUGUGGAUGGGAAAUCUGAGAAUGGGGAAAAACCCCGGGCUUAAGGUGAUUCUAGGCAUCAUAUUCCCUCCAUCAAUUCUGCUGCUGGUGGACUUCAAAGGAGAAGACCAGUCCUGCACAGCUGACUCUGACGAAGGGAAAGACAAGGACGAUGACGCCGGCAAGGAUGACGUUGUGUCAAGGAAGGGAGACGAAGAGGAGGGCAGCAGUAAUGUCCGGAGGAAGCCUAUUGGACGGAGGAUCUAUGAGUUCUAUGAUGCCCCGUUCACCAAGUUCUGGUUCAACACCAUCUCCUACCUGGGCUACCUGAUGCUGUAUAACUACAUAAUCCUGGUGAAGAUGGAGCGAUGGCCGUCCAUCCAGGAGUGGACCGUCAUCGCCUACAUCCUAACGCUCGGCUUCGAGAAAGUCAGACAGAUCCUAAUGUCAGAGCCUGGGAAGCUGAAGCAGAAGAUCAACGUAUGGCUGCAAGAGGUCUGGAACAUCACUGACCUGGCAGCCAUCUCCACCUUCCUGGUUGGCCUUCUGCUGAGGCUGCAGAACGAACCCCUCCUGGGCAUAGGACGUGUCAUCUACUGCAUAGACAUCAUCUUCUGGUACAUCAGGGUGCUCGACAUCUUCGGGGUCAACAAGUACCUGGGACCCUAUGUCAUGAUGAUUGGGAAAAUGAUGAUCGACAUGCUGUACUUCGUGAUAAUCAUGUUGGUGGUGUUGAUGAGUUUCGGGGUGUCGCGGCAGGCCAUCUUGCACCCUGAUGAGGAGCCAACAUGGCGUUUGGCCAGGAACAUCUUCUACAUGCCCUACUGGAUGAUCUAUGGAGAGGUGUUUGCUGACUCGAUCGACCUCUAUGCAAUGGAAAUCAACCCGCCGUGUGGUGAGAACCUGUAUGAUGAGGAUGGUAAGAAGUUGCCUCCGUGUAUCCCUGGAGCCUGGCUGACCCCGGCCAUCAUGGCCUGUUAUCUACUGGUGGCCAACAUCCUGCUGGUCAACCUGUUGAUCGCUGUCUUCAACAACACUUUUAUGGAGGUGAAGGCCAUCUCCAACCAGAUCUGGAAGUUCCAGAGAUAUCAGCUGAUUAUGAUCUUCCAUGACCGUCCGAUCCUCCCUCCGCCCCUCAUCGUGUUCAGCCACCUCUACCUCCUGUUCAGAAGCUUUCGCUGCACCAAGAAGAACGAUGGAGAUCUGAACGAGAAGGACAGAGGACUCAAGCUACGGUUGAACCCUGAGGAGCUGAAGGCUCUAUUUGAGUUUGAGGAGCAGUGUGUGGAGGAGUACUUCAGAGAGAAGGAAGACGAGCACCAUUCAUCCAGUGACCAGAGGAUCAAGGUCACAUCAGAACGGGUGGAGAACAUGUCCAUGCGUCUGGAGGAGGUGAAUGAGAGGGAGAACACCAUGAAGGCGUCCCUGCAGACGGUGGACCUUCGCCUGGCUCAGUUGGAAGACAUCCACAGCCGCAUGAUGAACGCCCUAGAGAAGCUGGCUGGGGUCGACCAUUCAGAACUUAAACGCUCCCACUCCACACACUCCUCCUACUGCGACCCGUCCUCCCUGCUCCGAGCCAGCUCCAUCAACAGCGCUGAUGGCUACAGCAUGUACCGCUUCCAGAUGGACGUGGAGGAGGCUGAGAGGAAAGCCCAGCUUGGCACUGAGAGGCAGGGCAGUGUACGGUCUCGUCUAGGGUCUGAGAGGCAGGGCAGCGUACUGUCUCGUCUAGGGUCUGAGAGGCAGCGCAGCGUACUGUCUCGUCUAGGGUCUGAGAGACAGGGCAGCGCACAGUCUCGUCUAGGGUCUGAAAGACAGGGCAGUGUAAGUAGAACAUCCAACCUGUCUGUAGGUCCGGAGAGACAGGGCAGUCUCCCGAAACUGUCUAGCGCAUCUACCCUGACUGUAGGCCGGGAGCGACAUGGCAGCCUACAAGCCAGGGUUUCCAAGGACUACGGCCUGCCGUUAGACAUGGACAGAGCAGACAGGACACGGCCCAGCUCCUAUGUGGACAUCCUGAUCUCCCCAUGUGAACAAAGGGCUGAAGGGGAGACAGAUGGAGGAGAAACCAUGUCUGACAUACCUAAAGACAAAGUACCAGACCCCACAGAUCCACUGGAUUCUGCAUUAGCAAAAGCAGGUCUACCAAGAGAGAAGACCAAGCUGGAGAAGUCUAGAUCUGUUAAAUGCUAUCCCAGCAACCCUGUGGAUCACUGCAUUACCUCUAGAAGCAGGGCUAAGAGCACUAUCCUCUACGACCAAACUGCUGCCGAUUGCGAGGCCCUCUGGGUUGCAAACUACAAUCCUAAACAGGAAGCCUCAGACAGUAGAGAUCCUCUGGAUACUGCAUUAGCUAAAGAAGAUCUGCCAAGAGAGAAGUCCAAGCUGGUAGCAACCAUGUCCUCCCCAUUGGAGAAGUUUAUCCAUGCUAUCCCAUACUACCACACCACACCUCCGUUUACCCCUCGAUCCACUAGGACCAGGGCUAAAAGCAACAUCUCCCCAACCACAGCAGGGGAUGAGAGUGAGGCCCUCUGGGCUGCAAACUACAGAUCUGUGAUAGACCAGGUGCCCAAUGCUCCAGGCCAGUUGCCAGCCUGCUGGGAGUACAAGGUCCACCACAGCCACUUCGGACAACAGCCCAAGGUUUCUGUGGUCAGGCCUCAUGGCCAGCUAUCUGACACGCAGAGAUUCUCUGAACCUGAGCCUGAAAAACAGGAGUCUAACAUGGUUCCUCUGAUUCCACCAGCUGUAGAGACUGAACUACUUAAACAGCCUUCUGACAUGGUUCCACAAGAAGCUUUGCUGGUUCCUCCAGACAUUAAGUUGUCCCCUCCUCCGACUGAGCUGGAUCCUGAAGAGACUGAGUUGGUUCCACGAGUUAUUGCACUGGGUCCUCCAACUAUAGCAACAUACCUGGUUCUUCCAACCAUAAAAACACAACUGGUACCUCCAACCAUAGAGAGGGAACUAGUUAUUCCAGCUAUAAAUACUGAACUAGUUAUUCCAGCUAUUGUUACUGAUCUAGGUAUUCCAGCUUCAGAGAUUGAACAAGUUAGUCCAACCAUAGAGACUGGAUUAGUUAUUCCAACCAUAGAGAGUGAACUACUUAUUCCAACUAUAGAGACUGAACUAUUUAUUCCAACCAUAGACACUGAACUACUUAUUCCAACCAUAGAGACUGAACUACUUAUUCCAACCAUAGAGACUGAACUACUUAUUCCAACCAUAGAGACUGAACUACAAAUUCCAAACAAAGAGACUGAACUUCUUAUUCCAACCAUAGACUAAAAUAGUUAUUCCAACUGUAGAGACUGAACUACUUAUUCUAACCAUACCCUGAACUAAUUCCUCCAACCAUAGAGACUGAACUAGUAAUUCCAACCAUACACACUGAACUAGUUAUCCCAGCUAUAGAGACUGAACUAAGUAUUUAAACCACAGAGAAUUAACUAGUUAUUCCAGCUUUAGAGACUGAACUAGUUAUUCCAGCUUUAGAGACUGAACUAGUUAUUCCAGCUAUAGAGACUGAACGAGUUAUUCCAGCUAUAGAGACUGAACUAGUUAUUCCAGCUAUAUAGACUGAACUAGUUAUUCCAGCUAUAGAGACUGAACUAGUUAUUCCAGCUAUAGAGACUGAACUAGUUAUUCCAGCUACAAAGACUGAACUAGUUAUUCCAGCUAUAGAGACUGAACUAGUUAUUCCAGCUACAGAGACUGAACUAGUUAUUCCAGCUACAGAGACUGAACUAGUUAUUCCAGCUAUAGAGACUGAACUAGUUAUUCCAGCUAUAGAGACUGAACUAGUUAUUCUAACCAUAGACUGAACUAGUUCCUCCAACCAUGGAACUAGUUAUUCCAAAUAAACAAAACGGAACUAGCUAUUUCAACCAUAGAGACUGAACAAGUUCCUCCAACCAUACAGACUGAAAUAGUUAUUCCAACCAUACAGACUGAAAUAGUUAUUCCAACCAUACAGACUGAAAUAGUUAUUCCAACUAUACAGACCAAACUAGUUAUUCCAACAAUAGAGACUGAACUAAUUAUUCCAACAAUAGAGACUGAACUAAUUAUUCCAGACAUAGAGCCUGAGCUAGUUAUUCCAGCUAUACAGACUGAACUAGUUAUUUCAUGUAUUGAGACUGAACGAGUUAUUCCAACAAUAGAGAGUUAAAUAGUUAUGCCAAAUAUACACUGAACUAGUCCAUCCAAUCACAGAGACUGAACUAGAUAUUCCAACUAUAGCUACAGAACUAGUUAUUCUAGCCAUAGAGACUAAACUAGUUAUUCCAACAAUAUACACUGAACUAGGUAUUCCACCAAUAUACGCUGAACUAGUUCCUCCAAUAGUAAAUACUUACAUAGUUGUUCCAACCAUUAAGACUGAAAUAGUUAUUGCAAUUAUGAGGAUGGAACCAGUUAUAACAACCAUAGACUGAACUAGUUAUUUCAACAAUCUACACAGAACUAGUUCCUCAAACAACAGAGACUGAACUAGUUAUUCCAACAAUAGAGACUGAAAUAGUUAUGCCAACCAUAGAGACUGAAAUAGUUAUUCCAACUAUAGAGACUUAAAUAGUUAUUCCAACAAUAUAUAUUAAACUAGUUAUUCCAACCAAAGACACUGAACUAGUUAUUCCAGCUAUAGUGACUGAACUACAUAUUCCAUCCAGAGUGAUUUAACAAGCUAUUCCAACUAUAGACUGAAUAAGUUGUUUCAACCAUUGAGACUGAACUAGUUAUUCCAACAAUAGAGACUGAAGUAUUUAUUCCAACUGUAGAGACGGAACUAGUUAUUCCUACAAUAGAGACUGAAUUCGUUUUUCCAGCUAUAGAGAUUGAAUAUGUUAUUCCAACCAUAGACUGAAAAAGUUCCUCCAGCAAUAGAGACUGAAGUAGUUAUUCCAACCAUAGACACUGAGCUAGUUAUUCCAACCAUAGACACUGAACUAGUUAUUCCAACCAUAGACACUGGGCUAGUUAUUCCAACCAUAGACACUGAGCUAGUUAUUCCAACCAUAGACUCUGAGCUAGUUAUUCCAACCAUAGACUCUGAGCUAGUUAUUCCAACCAUAGACUCUGAGCUAGUUAUUCCAACCAUAGACACUGAGCUAGUUAUUCCAACCAUAGACACUGAGCUAGUUAUUCCAACCAUACAGACUGAAAUAGUUAUUCCAACCAUACAGACUGAAAUAGUUAUUCCAACUAUACAGACCAAACUAGUUAUUCCAACAAUAGAGACUGAACUAAUUAUUCCAACAAUAGAGACUGAACUAAUUAUUCCAGACAUAGAGCCUGAGCUAGUUAUUCCAGCUAUACAGACUGAACUAGUUAUUUCAUGUAUUGAGACUGAACGAGUUAUUCCAACAAUAGAGAGUUAAAUAGUUAUGCCAAAUAUACACUGAACUAGUCCAUCCAAUCACAGAGACUGAACUAGAUAUUCCAACUAUAGCUACAGAACUAGUUAUUCUAGCCAUAGAGACUAAACUAGUUAUUCCAACAAUAUACACUGAACUAGGUAUUCCACCAAUAUACGCUGAACUAGUUCCUCCAAUAGUAAAUACUUACAUAGUUGUUCCAACCAUUAAGACUGAAAUAGUUAUUGCAAUUAUGAGGAUGGAACCAGUUAUAACAACCAUAGACUGAACUAGUUAUUUCAACAAUCUACACAGAACUAGUUCCUCAAACAACAGAGACUGAACUAGUUAUUCCAACCAUAGAGACAAAAAACAGUUUUUCUAGUUAUAGUGAUUGAACUAGAUAUUCCAACUAUAGAGACUAAACUAGUUAUUCCAAAGAUAGAGAAUGAAAUAUUUUUUCCAGUCAUAGAGAUUGAUCUAGUUAUUCCAGCUGUACAGACUGAACUAGUUAUUUCAGCUGAACUACUUAUUCCAAUCAUAGAGACUGAACUAGUUAUUUCAGCUGAACUACUUAUUCCAAUCAUAGAGACUGAACUAGUUAUUUCAAACAUAUACUGAACUAGUUCCUCGAACCAUAGAGACUGAAUAUGUUUUUCCAACCAAAGCACUUGAGCAAGUUAUUCCAACCUUAGAGACUGAACUAGUUCCUUCAAUCAUACAGACUGAACUAGUUAUUCCAGCUAUAGGGUCUGAACUAGUUAUUCCAGCUAUAGGGUCUGAACUAGUUAUUCCAGCUAUCGGGUCUGAACUAGUUAUUCCAGUUAUAGGGUCUGAACUAGUUAUUCCAGCUAUAGGGGCUGAACUAGUUAUUCCCGCUAUAGGGACUGAACUAGUUAUUCCAGCUAUAGGGUCUGAACUAGUUAUUCCAGCUAUAGGGUCUGAACUAGUUAUUCCAGCUAUAGGCUCUGAACUAGUUAUUCCAGCUAUAGGGUCUGAACUAGUUAUUCCAGCUAUAGGGACUGAACUAGUUCCUUCAAUCAUACAGACUGAACUAGUUAUUCCAGCUAUAGGGUCUGAACUAGUUUUCCAACCACAUCAACACAUCACCAAAUACAUUGAAAUAGUUCCUCCAGCAGGAGAUACUGAACUAAAUAUUGCAACCAUAAGACUGAACUAGUUAUUCAAAUUUUAGAGACAUAACCAGUUAUUCCAACCAUAGAGACUGAAGUAGUUCCUCCAACCAUACAGACUGAACUAUUCCAACUAUGGAGACUGAACUAGUUAUUCCAACCACAGAAAAUGUAAUAUUUUUUCCAGUCAUAGAGAUUGAUCUAGUUAUUCGAGCUAUACAGACUGAACUAGUUAUUUCAAACAUAUACUGAACUAGUUCCUCGAACCAUAGAGACUGAAUAUGUUUUUCCAACCAAAGUUAUUCCAACCUUAGAGACUGAACAAGUUCCUUCAAUCAUACAGACUGAACUAGUUAUUCCAGCUAUAGGGUCUGAACUAUUUAUGUCAACAAUAUACAUUGAAAUAGUUCCUCCAAAAAGAGACACUGAGCUAAUUUUCCAACCAUUAAAACUGAACUAGUUAUUCCAAUUUUAGAGACAUAACCAGUUAUUCCAACCAUAGAGACUGAAAAGUUAUUCCAACCAUAGAGACUGAAAAGUUAUUCCAACCAUAGAGACUGAAAUAGUUAUUCCAACCAUAAAGCUGAACUAGCUAUACCAGCUAUAGAGACUGAUCUAGCUAUACCAGCUAUAGAGACUGAUCUAGCUAUACCAGCUAUAGAGACUGAUCUAGCUAUACCAGCUAUAGAGACUGAUCUAGCUAUACCAGCUAUAGAGACUGAUCUAGCUAUACCAGCUAUAGAGACUGAUCUAGCUAUACCAGCUAUAGAGACUGAUCUAGCUAUUCCAGCUAUAGAUAUUGAAGUAGUUAUUCCAAUAAUAGUCACUGAAUUAGUUAUUGCAACAAUAGACACUGAAAUAGUUCCUCUAACAAAAUAUACUGAUGUAGUUAUUCCAACCAUUAAAACUGAACUAUUUAUUCCAAUUACAGAGACUGAAACAGUUAUUCCAACAAUAGAUACUGAACUAGUUAUUCCAACAAUAGAGACUGAACUAGUUCCUCCAACCAUUAAGAAUGAACUAGUUAUUCUAACCAAAGAGACUGAACAAGUUAUUCCAGUUAUAGAGACUGAAGUAUUUAAUUCAACCACGGAGACUGAACUAGUUAUUCUACUAUGUAGACUGAACUUGUUCUUCCAACCAUAGAGACUGAACUAGUUAUUCCACGUAUAGAGACUGAAUUAGCUAUUCCAGAACAUAUUCCAAAUAUGGAGACUGAACAAGUUAUUCCAAAUAUGGAGACUGAACAAGUUAUUCCAGCUACAUAGACUGAACUAGUUAUUCCAGCUUUACAGACUGAACUAGUUAUUCCAGCUAUAGAGACUGAACUAGUUAUUCCAACCAUAGAGACUGAAAAAGCUAUUUCAGCCAUAGAGACUGAACUAGUUAUUUCAGGCAUUUAGACUGAACUAAUUAUCCCAACCAUUGAGACUGAACUAGCUCCUCCAACAAUACAGAUGGAACUAGUUAUUCCAACUAUAGAGACUGAAGUAGUUAUUCCAAACACAGUGAAUGAACUAGUUGUUCCAACCAAAGAGGUUGAACUAGUUAUUCCAACAAUAGAGACUGAAAUAGUUAUGCCAACCAUAGAGACUGAAAUAGUUAUUCCAACUAUAGAGACUUAAAUAGUUAUUCCAACAAUAUAUAUUAAACUAGUUAUUCCAACCAAAGACACUGAACUAGUUAUUCCAGCUAUAGUGACUGAACUACAUAUUCCAUCCAGAGUGAUUUAACAAGCUAUUCCAACUAUAGACUGAAUAAGUUGUUUCAACCAUUGAGACUGAACUAGUUAUUCCAACAAUAGAGACUGAAGUAUUUAUUCCAACUGUAGAGACGGAACUAGUUAUUCCUACAAUAGAGACUGAAUUCGUUUUUCCAGCUAUAGAGAUUGAAUAUGUUAUUCCAACCAUAGACUGAAAAAGUUCCUCCAGCAAUAGAGACUGAAGUAGUUAUUCCAACCAUAGACUCUGAGCUAGUUAUUCCAACCAUAGACUCUGAGCUAGUUAUUCCAACCAUAGACUCUGAGCUAGUUAUUCCAACCAUAGACACUGAGCUAGUUAUUCCAACCAUAGACACUGAGCUAGUUAUUCCAACCAUAGACACUGAACUAGUUAUUCCAACCAUAGACACUGAGCUAGUUAUUCCAACCAUAGACACUGAGCUAGUUAUUCCAACCAUAGACACUGAGCUAGUUAUUCCAACCAUAGACACUGAGCUAGUUAUUCCAACCAUAGACACUGAACUAGUUAUUCCAACCAUAGACUCUGAGCUAAUUAUUCCAACCACAGACACUGAGCUAGUUAUUCCAACCAUAGACACUGAGCUAGUUAUUCCAACCAUAGACACUGAGCUAGUUAUUCCAACCAUAGACACUGAGCUAGUUAUUCCAACCAUAGACACUGAGCUAGUUAUUCCAACCAUAGACACUGAGCUAGUUAUUCCAACCAUAGACACUGAACUAGUUAUUCCAACCAUAGACACUGAGCUAGUUAUUCCAACCAUAGACACUGAGCUAGUUAUUCCAACCAUAGACACUGAGCUAGUUAUUCCAACCAUAGACACUGAGCUAGUUAUUCCAACCAUAGACACUGAGCUAGUUAUUCCAAACAACAGACUGAGCUAGUUAUUCCAACCAUAGAGACUUUAUUUUAUUUAUUUUUAAUUUCACCUUUAGGUAGGCCAGUAGAGAACAAGUUCUCAUUUACAACUGUGACCU